GAGGCGGACGGGGCGCGCCGUGUAUUAGUUAAAGUAGAGUACGUAGUAUGUAAGCUUCGCUCAGUGUUUCCCGCCUCAGGCCAUCAAUUGUCUCCGCCUUUACUCUCCACCAAUCAUAUCUCUUGGAUUCCCCGUCAUCGCCCACUGCAUGGCUGGACGGGAGUCGCUUUCAGUUUCAACUUCGAGCCUCAAGCCUCUCCUUCGUCCCUUUCCGCUGUCCUGCACCUACUUUGACCUUUCCGACUUGCUCCAUAACUGAUUACAGCACCAAAGAUGCUGUCUCAACGGAUCUUGGCCCGGCGCCUGCCCCAGGUGGCCGCCCGCUCCACCGUCCCUCGUGCUUCGUUCUCCCAGCUUCGCAGUCUGGCCGCGCCGGAGCUUGAUGACCCCCUUCAGGUACCAUCUUUCCACGGCUUGCAGAACGGCAACUACCAGAACCCUCCCCGUAUGAAACGGGCCUUCAGAGAUCCCUAUGGCGACUGGUGGGACAAGCAGGAACGCCGCAACUUCGGCGAGCCUGUUCACGAGGAGAACGAAAUUCUAGGUGUCUUCAGCCCUGAGCAAUAUACCCAUGUGACGUCUGGCAAGGGUAUCCUUCAGAUCGGAGCCUUCAUCGUGGCUUUCCUCGGCUUGUGCGGAACCGUCAGCCUUUUCUACCCUGAUAAGCCCAGCGUUCCCAGGACCUUCCCCGACGGUUUGGAGAAGGAGCUGGGUGGACCCAGGGCUGUGCCCGCCCGUAAAUCUGGCGAAGACUCGUGGUGAUCGAAUUAACCUCUGAUGCGAUGUAAAUAAGUACAAUAUGAUUUUCGCUGUUGUUUUCAACCUUCCAUGCGUGGUUUCAGCGAACAUUGGUGCAGCGGAGAAGGGUCA